AUGAUUGACAACAUCGCUUCGGCUGACACCUCGAUCGGCAAAGAAAUGAGAACGGCGAAGUCGUCAGUGAAAGAUGCCGGUGGAAGUCUACCCGCACCACUAGUGAAGCUGGGCUCCUACAGCGGUGCCAACAAUGCCCGAGACUUUGAGAGAUCUAUGAAGCUGCCAGUGGAGCCGGUCAUGAUCUCAACACGUGUCAAAGCCAAAGUAGACUCUACGAUGGUGGUUGAGGAAAAGAUUCCGGUGCUUCUACCCCAUCGUCUAUUUCUGUAUCUGUUUAAUAUGCUGGGACUACUGAUACAACCGGAGGACAUCAACGAGUAUUGGCAGCACCAGAAAUCAUUUUGUGUAUGGGCCUCGCACAACGACCUGGAUGGCAAGCAUGUGCCUGUCACUAUCUACGGUGACACCGCUCGGUAUGGGCAGGGGUAUGAUCAAUCUAAGAUUACUGGAUGCUUCAUGAGCUUGCCACUAUGGCGGCCCAAGUCAACAAGAAUGUCACAGUGGCUUCUUUUCAGUGUGGAUGCCGACCGUUCACUGGGCCCAGAGACUCUGAAUCCUCUAUAUCUCGCCAUUGUGGAAUCCUUGAAUGAGGCUUUCUAUGGACGAACCCCGGAAGGAUGCCCUCUACCACACAAGUUUUCGGUUACUGAAAUAAAGGGGGACUGGGAAUUUCAUUAUCACACCUUUCAACUUAGACGACUUAGACGAUAUUGGAAAACCCGGUGGAUAUGCUGGAGAUGCCACGCUGAGCACCAUGCCGAUGCCGCCCACAGCUGCUAUGAUUUCGACGAUGACCCAACCUGGGAAGCAACCACUAUUUCCAAUUUUUCUUUUCUGGCCAACAUCGUGAAGAGGGAGAGUAUUUGA